CCCACGCCUCUAGAAUGCUCUGAUGGUUUUGCACCACGUCCAUUGUAAGACAUUUUCGGGAAAGUAUUUCUGAUUAUUUUGACUCAUCUCUGUAUUGUGCAGUCUCAAAGUAAAGAGAAGUAUCCCCUGCGCAUGCCUGGGACCUUGUCCUUGCACACUCCAGCCCGGCUGCUCUUGGCCCCACAUGGCCUCAGCAGAGCCCAGGGCUGGGUGUGUGUUCCUGCCUUGGGCGCUCCUGCAGCAGCCCCGUUUGCAGGGACACACGUGAAGCACAGAUUUGGCUGUGGCUCCAGUGUGGGGAGCAGCGAGCUGUGUCUGUCCGGGUGUGUGUCCCUCAUCGGGAGGGAAUUUCCUGACUGGGUCAGGGACCCUGAGCUCGGCUCUGGCCCUGCUCAGCACAGAGCAGCAGCGUCCCAGGCUCAGAAGGAGCCCGAGUGCAGCUGAGUGGGGCCGGCAGCUGCCCGCUCCACAUGUGUGCAGGGCAGAGGCGCUGAAAUGCAGCCCCUGCGUGCUGAGCCCUCCCUUUGCUGCCCCUCCAAAGCUCCCGCUCGGCUCACGCCGAUCUCAGGCCCAACAAGGACGCUUUCAGUGCAGCUCGGCCGCUCGGCUGAACUCAGCACGAACAGCACGGCCGGGGCCCCAGCACGGCUCGCAGCCCCCCUGGCCUCGGCCCCAGGCGGGACACAGCCGCUCGCAGCAGCGCUGCACAGGGCAAAAGGAGCAGCUGUGCCUUGUGCGCACGGCCAGAGGCUCGGCAAUGCUGCCGCCCGUGUGCUGCCAGCGGCGGAGCGGAUCUGCUGCCCGUGCGCUGGCGCUGGGCUGUGCCAUGGGACACAGCUGCCUCUUGGGCCCGGCCAUGCCCCAAUUGCUGGGGCGCUCCUUGGGCCGGGGCUCGCAGAGGCGGGGACUGAGCCCGGCCGGGGCGGAGCUGGCGGCGGCCGACAGGAGGCGGCACGGCCGGAGCACAGAGCCGGGGCUCAGGGGCCAGCGAGGCUCGGCCGGCGGAGCGGCGGCAUGCGGCGGGCUCGGGGCGCGGCGCUGGCCGCGCUGCUGCUCGCGGCUGUGGCCAGAGCCCAGGUUCAGCAGGAGCCGUCACUUGAGACCACCGAGGGUAGCGGCAUCAACAUCACCUGCUCACAUGCCAAAAUCCAGACCAACGAUUGGAUCUACUGGUACCGUCAGCUCCAGGGCCGAGGACCCGAACUCGUCGCACUCACAAUGAAAGAGUCCAAGGAUGUGCCGGCCAUAGCGGGUCGUCUGUGGGUGUCGGCAGAUCGGCGCUCGAGCGCGCUGUGGCUCGGUUGGCCCCGGCGCGGGGACUCGGCCGUGUAUUACUGCGCGCUGGGCGCACGGGCAGAGGGGCCGGGGCUGCGGCCGGGCACGAACCGCCGCGGGCGGGGCCGGGCGGGGCCGGGGGCACAGCGCCGGCCGCGGCCAGCAGGGGGCGCUGCCCCGAGCCCGCCGGGCCCCGCGCGGCUCCGCAGCUCCUUGGUGUGCCCCGAGCCCGCCCGCAGCGACCCCGCACAGCCCCGCACGGGCCCGGACACACGCCUGCCGCCUGCCCCCUGUGCUUACACACUCGCCUGGACACACGCCUGCCGCCUGCCCCCUAAGCUUACACACUCGCCUGGACACACGCCUGCCGCCUGCCCCCUAAGCUUACACACUCGCCUGGACACACGCCUGCCGCCUGCCCCCUAA